AAAGUUGUUUGACCGCUCGAGAUUUUAGGCGAAAUAUUUUAUUGUCUGGCCGGUCGAAGAAACGUUAAAAUGUAUCGCUUCUCGACUUUUGUAGUGUGUGGCAUAAUUUUAACUUCGCACUUUGCAAACAGCAAUCCUUUAAUUAAGAAAGUUUUAGACAUGAUUCACGGCGGGGACCAAAAAGAAUCAACUCACGACGAAAAGAGGAAGAGCGUCGACAUUUUGAAUGUCAAUGAAUUCAAGCACCAUGAUUAUGAAGAGAUGACAUGGUUUUUGAAGUACUUUGCGCAGAAGUACUCAGACAUUGCUAGGCUGUACUCCAUCGGUUAUAGCGUACAAAACCGGAAGUUAUGGGUUAUGGAGAUCUCCGACAAUCCUGGUAAACACGAAGCUGGCGAACCGGAAAUCAAGUACAUCGGGAAUAUUCACGGCAACGAAGCAUUGGGUCGAGAACUGUUACUACAACUAAUAAAGUACCUUUGCGAAAGUUACGAAAAUGACCCUAAGAUUAAGACCCUUGUCGACACAACUGGCAUUCAUAUACUGCCAAGCAUGAAUCCAGAUGGGUACGAGAUGGCAGCGGUUCGCGGCAAGGGAAACAAGCUAGUCGGAAAGAGAAAUGCUUACAGGGUGGACUUAAAUCGCAACUUUCCGGAUCAGUUUUUUCCCAGCACUACAGGCCCACCCCAGUCUGAAGUCAGGGCCGUAAUGGAGUGGAUCAAAACGUACCCAUUUGUGUUAUCUGCGAGCCUGCAUAGCGGAGCCUUGGUCGCGCUUUACCCUUAUGAUGAUUCUCCCUCAGGACAGAGCCUGUACAGCGCUACACCUGAUGAUGACGUUUUUAGACAUUUGGCCAAGACAUACUCACAGGAACAUCCCGUGAUGCAUUUGGCCAACCCCAAGUGGAAUUGCACAGACCAAAAGGAAGAGCACUUUAUAGACGGCAUCACGAACGGUGCCAGCUGGUCCAGCCUGUCAGGAGGCAUGCAGGAUUAUAACUAUGUUCACUCCAACUGCUUUGAAAUCACGCUAGAGCUAGGCUGCGAUAGAUUUCCUAAAAGCAGCGACUUAGAGAAGUACUGGCUCGAUAACAAAAAGGCUCUUGUCGAGUUUGCACAGCAGGUACAUUAUGGCGUGAGUGGAUUUGUUAAAAACAACCAAGGUGAGCCUCUCUCUGACGCGACCAUUAGCGUCGCAGAUCGUCGUCAUGACGUCACUACGUCAAAGGAAGGAGACUACUGGCGCCUGCUAGUUCCAGGCUCCUAUGAAAUCACGGCCAGAGCAAAAGGCUACCAACCUAAGACACAUUUGGUGGAGUUACGCGCUUCUGAAGGAAAAGUCCUAAAUUUUACGCUAAAACCAACUCAGGAAGACGGAACAAAGCUGUCACUUGUGGCAGGAGAAGAUGAAUUGUUAGACCGUGUCAUGACUGGAAGCUACAUAACCGAUGAAACCAGAGAUCCGAGGGAACAUCUAAUACAAAUAAGUCAUAAUGACAGAGACGAACAGUCGUUCAAAAGACACAUCCUACACCCCGGGCUCGACGACAGGACCAGGUUGUCUCUCGAGAAAGAGCUACUUCACGAGGAAACUGCGAAGGGGAGUGGAUCGAUCGAGGAAAACAAAACAGACGAUUCGUCAGGAGAAGGAGGAGGGAGUGGUGACGAGAACUCUUCACGUACCAAACAGGAACCGGACAGACCGGUUAUUAUCCAGAAACCGGCUAAACUAGUCAAACCUGCCAGUGUUCAGACACCAGCUAAACUUAGCAGCAACAAAACUAAUGCGAAACCUCUUAAACAGAACACUGUUCAAAUUGAGAAGAAGCCGGCACCCGUGGAGGCGAAGAAAGAUGUACCAAUGAAAGUAGCCGUCACAGACAAGCGAUUUUCCAAGCUAAUUGGCUCGAACGUGGCGUGCCGUGUGGUUGGAAAGAAGGGCUUGAAGAAUGGCAACCUAAGAUGGGUGGGUCAUUUACCUCUCUUGCCGUUAGAUGACGCGCAUCUCAUUGCCGGUGUGGAGUUGUUAACGGAUGACAAACUGGGAACUGACGGUACAUACCGUGGAGUGAGAUACUUUAAGAGCUCACCGAAGCGUGGAUAUUUCUUCAGGCUGAAGGACUGUAAAGCUGUCAAGCAUUAGGGGUCGUUACACGACGCGGUAACUAGAACCUGUGACUACCCAAGAGCCACCUUACGCUAGAAUGUCAAAAAUUAACUUAAACACAGUGACAAGCUGAGUCACGUACAGCUUAACUGAAAAAUAUGUAGCCAAACUUCGGAAGAGACUCGUUAGAGAUGUAAAGCAUAUUUGUAUAUGAAAAAUGGGCGAUACAGAUGCAUAUAUCAUAUCAUAUAUCAAAGAUUUUCAAUUUCUUUGGAAGGAUGGUUUAUUUUGAAGGUUCGAUUUCCGCCUUACUCUCGUUUCCGGUCCCCAGGCGUCCUCCCCGAGAAGAGGAAGGAGCGGCGGCGUUUCUCUCCCUUAUCACCCGUCUCAGUCUUCCUCAAUUUUAGGUAUUCUUAUGUCUUUCUGGUUUAUUGUUAUCUCCUUGGUGUUCUUAUACAUUUGUCGUUUUGCACGACUUCCUUCGAUAUGAUAACAUAAUAUUACUGUUUAUACCAUGCCAUAGAAAAUACAGCCAAUCAGAGUACAGGAAAGCCGUUGUACAUUCGUCACUUGCAUUUGUAUACCGAGGAAAAUGCAAGUGACUGGUGGGAUAUUCCACGGUAUACCAGUAAUAUAUAUUAUGACAAACCUCUCGAUAUCGUGUGUAAGAACUGAGUGAACGGUACGCGGCAAACAGAGCAGCUGAUGCCAGCUACUGAAUGACGAUGACAUGGCAAGAACUAAUCCAGUAAUUGUUUUCAAAGGCUAUAGAUCAUUUAGGGCUUAACUUUGCAGCGUUUGAAGCUUUUAUUCAUCUACGUUACCAAUUAACAUGAAGAAAACAUGGCGGCGAGCAUAUCAUGUAAACCUAUAGCUAAGACCAAAAACAUUACGUAUUCGAACAAGUAGAGGAAAUAUUAAACAUUAAGUUUAAAUUAUGUUUUUCAAUAAAAGAAGUUCAAUAUAUUAUCCGGUUCAGUUGACCGCCAUCCUGAGUGGACUCGACUUUUGGCCCCUUACAGCCCCUUCCCCGUCUCGCCACCCGUGAACCGUGAAUACAAUGUGACUGCACUUACCUGGCUUAAUCCCUUCACCAACAUAGCGUUAGGUCUGUCAUCAUGACACCUUUUCAUCCGCUUCUGUCUUGUGCUUCUCUCUCAAAACUUCUCAACCUGUCGCCAGCUAGGUCUACCACUCUCAUCUCUCUUUCCACCCUCCUUUGUCAGCUGUUCACGGGCCGCCCUCCCUUCUGCUUCCUCUGCGGGUUCAUCUCCAGGCGAGUAGUUUGGCUUACAACGACUGUGCCCUUACCAACUCUAGCAUCCACAUGCAUGGGCGGUACCUUCCAUUAUAAACUAUAAAUACUAUGCACUAUGAGUGGGGUGUCGCUGGAAGAGUAUGGUUUGAACUGUUUCAGUCCAAA